AUGAAGCAUACGUAUAAAGUUUCGACCUGGAUCCAGCAGGUGACUCGUCCUACUCCAACAGUACUCAGGAGAUACGGCCUGCCGCCCUGCUUCCACUUCCUCAUAGCAGGAGGGCUACCAGCCCUACUCGAGGCGCAGGAGGGCGCGGAGGACAACCAGCAGGCAGCAGAGGCGGCUCUGAGGCGAGUGGAAGGGAGAGGCAACCCGUGGGGGAAGCCGUGCGGGCGAGUGCUCUAUAUCGGCAUCAGCUGUGGCCUCAGCGCUCCCUAUGUGGCAGCACAAGUCAAGUACACCCUCUCCCAUUCGCACUACGCCGUUGCAGUCAUGGGUUUCAAUCCGCCCUCUCUCGCGCCAAACACCAAGGGUGCUCCAGGCGUGACCUUCCCGUCCGUGCUUUCAGAAAUGAGGGCUCGCAUCGAAGCUGCUGAAGCAGAGGGGACUGCCCCAAGGCACUUCAUCCUCUCUCCUGCUGUUGGCCCGGUAGGGUCCACGCGGCUCAAGGGCGGCAGUGCCACCAAGGUCCUUCAACUGAACUUUCCCUUCUCUGCUCAUAUCCUUGCUGCUGCUAAACAACCACAGGAGACCGUCACAGGGUCCACGCGGCUCAAGGGCGGCACUGCCACCAAGGUCCUUCUGGAGACCAUCUUCAGCCGGGCCAUUGCCAGAGUGCUGCGUCUGCCCGCCCUUGGAAGCUAUGCAGGAGUGCCCCUCCUACUCAUCAACCCUCCCCCGGAGCUCACUCCCCAAGACACCACGUCGGUUCGGCGGGCGGCACGGGUAGGCUGGGGCCGAACCGAGGCUGCCCCGGCGGCUCGGUACGGCGAUGUCAUUGCGGCUUACGAGGGGGCGAUGAGGGGCAUUUACCAGCAAUUACCCGGAAUUGUGGCCCUCACCUGUCUCUUCCAUCGCGCCAUCAGCACUGGUGGCCGUGUGAUGUACAUUGGAGACGACUCGCUUGGCCUUGUUGGCCUUAUAGAUGCCUCUGAGCAGGUCCCCACCUUUGGAGCGCGGCCAGGCUCGUUCCAAGGCUUCCUCACCUCCACGUGGCACCGCCUGAUUCGUCCGUUGAACCAGCACACAGUCGAUCCCCUGGGCUCAUCUGCUGCUAGUGGCAGCAGCAGCAGCAGCAGCAGCAGCAGCAGCAGCAGCAGCAGCAAAAGCAGGCGCAACAUCCGGAGGAGCAGCAGCAGGAGAAGCAAGGCAGGGGCUAGGGAAGGUGAAAACGAGAAAAACAGCAGCAGGUCUCAGGUAGCAGAUGCAGCAACAAGACAGAGGACCGGCAGGGGCAGCGAGGCGAGCACUAGCGGGAGUAGCAGCACGAGCUCUUGGUUCUUUCCCUUCCGGGCUUCUGCUGCUUCUGCCUCUUCUCCUGCUGCAUCCGACUCACUCUAUCGCCAGCCCACGCCAGAGCCGUUAAAGUCAAUCAGCACAGACUACUUUCUGCUUGAGAUUCUCCCCACCACACGUGCCAACGACACAAUUCUCCUGUUAGAGUCACACGUGCUACAGCCACAGCUGUUCCCUCUACCGCUCCUCACCGCCCUCCACACACGAGCCAAGCAGGGGCUGCUGUCCCUCGCUUUGCUAAGUGUCGGUGUGGCUCCUCACGACCGGCUCUUAAUGGUGUAUGAUGAUGAGGAUGGGGUGGAGGAGGGGAAGGAGCGGGAGGAAGAGGAGGAAGGGGAGGAGAGUGAAGUGGAAGGGAGUGAGGAGGAGGGGGAGGAGGAGGGGAGGGAGGAGGAUGAGGAGGGAGAGGAGGAGGGGGGUGAUCAAGGGGAGAGUGGAGCAGGAGGGCAGGGGGAGGAAGGGGAGGAGGGAGUGGGGGAGGGAGGGGAGGAGGGAGGGGAGGAGGGAGGGGAGGAGGACGAAGAGGAGGAAGGGGGAAGUAGCGAUUCUGGGGUGCUGGUAGGGAGGGAGUUACAAGAGGAGCGAUUGGCUGUAGCUAAGGAGAAGGCAGACGGUGCAUCUGAUCAGGGGACUGAGGAGGACAGCGAGGAAGGGAGUGAGUGGGAUCCCACCUUCCUCCAUGUCACUGUCUCCCUUCCCGCUCCCUCCGCCGCGCCUCUCCUCCCCCGUACCGACCUCUUUGCACAACUAGCAGUAAAAUUUGCGCUCAACGUUGCAAGUAGCGGGGCGCAUGUGCUUUUAGGCAAAGUGUACAGUAACCGCAUGGUGGACCUUAGAGUGAGUAACGAGAAGCUCUUUAAGAGAGCGGUGAGGGUGGUGGGGGAGCUGGCAGGGGUUGGGGCAGAGGAGGCGGAGAGCUGUGUGAGGAGGGCGAUAGUGGUUGCUGAAAGGGAAGAGGGGAUGGAGGGGAGGGAGGGGAUGGAGGAGAGGACGGGGAGUGUGAAGGGGGAGGUAGGGGGGGAUGAUGAGGGGGAUAGCAUGGGAAGGACGGUUGAGGAGAUGGUGAGGGUUGGGGCAAAGAUGGAAAGAAUAGUAACCACUGCUAUUCUGCUGGCAGCUGGGUGCUUUGUUGAUGCAGAGAGCGCUAGGGAUGCAGCACUCAGCAACAGGAGUGUGCGAAUGCUAGUUGCCGAUGCGUUAAAGAGGAAAACCUAG